UGCUCUUCCUAGGUGGCUUAGCUGGCCGAGGGUAAUGCUCGCCGAGAGCUACUAUCUGAUGCCCGGGAUAGCGCGCCAGUCUGACAUGACCCGCUAAUGCAUCAGACCCUCCAUCUUUCGCAAAUCUACGGAUUAGUUAGGUAACUACGUAUAAAGCUUCGUAAAUGCGUCCCGGUUCAUCGUGUCUUCUUUUCUUUUCUUUUCUUGGUUUGUCUUUUUCUUUCUCCCUAGAAUUCAGCGAUCAUGCCAUUCCUUUCAAAGACGCAGGUCGACAUACCUACCCAAGACAUUCUAUCUUGGUGCUUUGACAAUCCCCAAUACGACCUCGAUCAGCCUCUCUGGAUCGAUGCCUCGAAUCCGCAACGAUCAGUCUCUGGCCGCGAAGCUCGCACGCUCAUCUGCAAGUUUGCAGCCGGCUUACGUAAAAAUGGCCUACAGCCAGGUGAUUGUGUCGUAGUAUCCUCAUUCAACCAUCUUCACUAUCCGAUCCUAAUCUUUGCGAUCGUCGCAGCAGGGGGUGUCUACACUGGUACGAAUCCCAGUUACACGGCGUACGAGAUCGCCCACCAUGUCAACAUCACGCAUGGGAAGUUUUUUAUCUGUGAACCGGAGAUUUUAAAGCCGGUACUGGACGCGAAGCACGAUUUGCCAAAGGAGAAGAUAUUUAUUUUUGAUCAUUCGGGUCAGGACAUUCCUGAAGGCUUCAAGUCUUACAAGACGCUACUUGACCAUGGAGAAGCAGAAUGGGCCCGCUUCAGCUCCCCCACAGAAUCCCAAACGACAACCGCCAUGCUCUUCUUCAGCAGCGGCACCACCGGCCUCCCCAAGGCCGUCCAGGUCUCACACUACAAUAUCAUCGCCCAAUACACUCUCGUCUUCGAGACACAACCCCGACCCUACCCUAUCAGCCGCCUCGUCUCCCUCCCUCUCUUCCACAUGGCCACCACACCACCAGCACUCAUCGCACCCCUGCGCGCCGGACACACGACCUACAUGAUGCGGCGAUUUGAGCUAGAGGCCUUUCUCGCAUAUCAUGAAAAAUACCGCAUUACUGAGUUGUGUUUUAUCGUGCCGCCGAUAGUUAUCAGCAUCAUCAUGAGCCCGCUGAGCAAAAAAUAUAGUCUCAAAAGCGUGCGCUUAGCCGCCUGUGGGGCCGCACCACUAGACAAAGUCCCGCAAGCUCAAUUCAAAGAGCUUCUCGCUCCCGAAGCACCUUUUACACAGGUGUGGGGUAUGACAGAAUGCUCGUGUGUAGCGACAAUGUUCCCCCACUCUGAGCACGACGCCACUGGGAGCGUGGGCAGGUUGAUACCAAACCUUGAUAUCAAAUUAGUAGAUGAGCUUGGGAAGGAUGUCAGUGCGCCGAAUAUCAGGGCGGAAAUCUGUAUUCGCGGUCCGACGAUCACGCGAGGCUAUUUCGAAAACCCGGAAGCGAAUGCUAGGGACUGGGAUGAGGAGGGGUAUUUUCAUACUGGAGAUAUAGGUUUUGUAGAUGAGGGCGGGAAGUGGUAUAUUGUUGACCGGAAGAAGGAGUUAAUCAAAGUCCGCGGUUUCCAAGUUGCACCCCCCGAGCUCGAGGCCGUUCUCCUCUCACACCCGUCAAUCGUCGACGCAGGCGUGAUCGGGAUAUCAGUGCCGACGCGCGAUAUCCAGCUUCCCCGUGCGUACGUUGUUCAACGUGAUGAUACUAAUGAUCUUACUGAAGAGGAUGUGAUCGCGUUUGCAGCCGAACGACUGGCGAAGUAUAAGAGACUUGAUGGGGGAGUUAGAUUUGUGGAGAGUAUUCCGAAAACGGCGAGUGGCAAGAUUUUGAAGAGAACAUUGAGGGAGUGGGCGGGGAGGGAGGUGGGGAAACAUUGCCUCGGGCCAGUAAAAUGUAUACCAAAUGAUGCUAUGUCUAGUUCUCAAAAAAUCUAG